CCUGACUGGGGGGGGUUAAAUAGGGGUUUUUUGUCUUUUAACUCCAAGUCAGCCUUUAGGGGGCAGUGAUCUGCCGGGAGAGAAGCGGGGAGCGGAGCCAGGGCGGGCGGGGGAGCAGGGAGAGGGGGGAGCGCAAGGAGCCUACACUAUAUAUAUAUAUAUUAUAUAUUCCUGCCACAAUGGAUGCAAAUUGGAGCAGUUUUAUAUUCCAGACCCCUCCUCCCCCCCCUGCGGAGCCGAUGCAGGUUGAGCUCUUGCCAGUCUUAGCCACUGUUACAGCGUCCCCAGAUGGAACCCUCCAGUCUCAGACGAUGGUGCCUACUUUGGCCACCCAGCACCCCUCAACUGUGGAUGCAGCUGCUCUCAAGCAGGAGGUGACCAGCAUUCCUAUCUCCCAACAUAUUACUUCUAUUACCUCGGUUGGCCACAACCAGUCCUCUCUCUGUACUGCCCUGCCAUUGCAGCCCCUCAUGGAACUCCCGAAGAAAUCCAAGAGUCGGGGCCCUUAUAUCUGCUCUUUGUGCUCGAAGGAGUUUAAGAACGGAUACAAUCUAAGGCGACACGAAGCCAUUCACACUGGAAACAAACCAGCCCGGGUAACACCUUCUGUUGAGAAAAUAACGACCAUGGUGCCUCUCAGUUUGCUGGGUGUAGCAAGUGCCCUGGGUGCAGGAACAGAGGGUCUGGAGGUCCCCGCCUCCCCUUCCACCCUCCAAUUACCAGGCCCCUCCCCCUCGGCAAAGAAGGUGCGCAAAAACCACGCGUGUGAAAUGUGCGGCAAGGCAUUCCGGGAUGUGUACCACCUGAACCGCCACAAGCUGUCCCACUCCGACGAGAAGCCGUAUUCGUGCCACGUGUGCCAGCAGCGGUUCAAGCGCAAGGAUCGGAUGACCUACCACGUGCGCUCCCAUGAUGGCACCGUGCACAAACCCUACAUCUGCAGCCACUGCGGGAAAGGCUUCUCCCGACCUGAUCAUCUGAACAGCCACGUUAGGCAAGUCCACUCUACAGAGCGCCCCUUUAAAUGCCAGACCUGUGAAGCUGCCUUCGCUACUAAGGACCGCUUGAGGGCCCACAUGGUGCGGCAUGAGGAGAAGGUCCCCUGUCACGUGUGUGGGAAGUUGCUGAGUGCCGCCUACAUUACUGACCACAUGAAGGUCCACAGCCAGGGCCCCAACCAUGUAUGUGAGCUGUGUAAUAAAGGGACCUGCCAAGUGUGCCCUCUUGCGGAUGCAUCUGUUACUUCUGUUCUGCCGAGUCCUGGUGUCCCGGGCAUGGUGCCCACUCAGCCAUGGUGACUGGCAUUCCUAGAGGGGGAGCAGUUACUGUGACCUCUCUUUGAUGGACAGAGAGGGAGAACCCGUGCUCCCCUGGGCAGACAUUUGUCUUUGGAGGAGUACCGGGGUGUACGUGUGACCCAUUUCUAACCUCCUAGAUGGCAUUAUAUUGAGAGGGGGUGGGUGGUUGGGCUCAAGGACACCUGUGAAAUAACACUCAUAAGAGUCUGACUGGCACGUUGUGGUGCUAUUUUGAAGAGUGUCUCCUUGCCCCAAAAUAACACUUGUGUGGGGAAAACUCCUAGAUCCCUGAGGGAUGGUUAAUGUACACUACGUGGUCCUGUGCUGUCGCUAGAUAUUUCAUUCACCCUUAAACACUUCUCAGUCUGUGUCAGUGGGACUAAUGGCACGGAAUGGGCUUCAUUGACUGGUGUCUUGGAGGGAAUGCUGGGCAUCAUUGCAAUCAUUUCUUGUUGGACUGGCGAGCAAGGGAGAAUAGGGGAGUGCUGAGCCUGGUUUGAAAUGAAGGGUUAAUGUGAUGCAGGCAAUGGAUGUGCUGGGAAGGGUGGGGUUAUGGGGAGCUGCUGCACAGGACAGCCGUGGCACUGAUCCCCAAACCUCUGCAGAUCUGCCAUAGCAAGAUUUUAAUAUAUUAGAGUAGUAUUUGGGGGGGAUUUUAUACUGACACUGUACAAGGCUAGUAUAGAAGGAGUUAAUAUCAUUGCACUCUACUGGCCUGCCAUGGGGAAAAAGUAACUAAAGCGGUGCCUAGGGUUGAUACCAGGUUUUAGAUGGGAGUAAUGUAGAAGAGGGCUAACUGGUCCCAGAGUGGGCAAUUGAAUAGGUAAUACCCUAGGUUUAGUAUUUUAGGGGUUCAUAUGUUCUCUGUAAAGCAGGAGGCUGAGGGGCGGGCAGUUUCUGCAGGCUGGCACGAGGGGAAUAACUAGAAUUGAAUCCUGAUUGGGCAGGAAAGCAGGCAAGUAAUGGGCUCGGAGACAUCUGGGGAGAUAUAUCCUUCCCUUUGCCUUAUUCAUUGGAGAGGCUGUUUGAGGGGUGUGGGUCAGUGUUAGAGGUAGGAUGGAGGGGCAGUACUGAGACAGUAUUAGGGCAGGGGGUAGAACAGAGGGUUAUUCAUGAAACAGUAUUCAGGCCAUAGGCUAGAAAGGUGGGCAUGGGCUGGAACAGUAUUAGGGGCACAAGGUAAGAAGAAGAGCAGUAUGUGGAGGGGUCAGUAUUAUGGGUGGGAGCAUUAUGGUAUAGCGCUGGGGCUUCAGGGCAGAAGGCAUGUAGCAGUGGCAGGAUAGUAGCAGAGGGCUGCUCAGUGGGCAAAUCAAUGUUUACGUACAUGGGUGGGUGGCCCUACCAGUUGUAUAAAGGCAUUAGUAGGCAGCGUUUGUGUAUCCUUACGGGCUGCGGCCAAUACUGUGGCAGCCCUGUGCCCUGGCCCAGUUCUAGAGGAGCUAAAGGGGGAAAUAAUCACUGUUUCUGAUUAUGCAGCGGCUGCAUUUGUACAGUUUCCAGCCCCCAGCUCAGUGGCGCCACCUUCCUUUAGCUCUAGUUCAAAAUCCAAGACCAGAUUGGAUUUAGUAUUGCAAAAAAAGUGAGUUAUUGGCCACUAACAAAAGGGAUGUAUCUGCUCCAAGUUGCUCCAGUGGGUAAGUUUCCUGGCACUAGAAAACCAAUAGGCCUUGGGAGAGUGGAGUUGUAUAUCCGUAACUGGCAAGCCCUCGGGCCUUUGUUUCCUUCAUGCUCCAUUGCUGUUCCCUGCUGUAACCUCUCUGAUAGGGAAAUGUGUACUGGAAAUGACAGUAUCUUCCUCCGCUCUCUCAUUGUGCCCCAAAAUAUAUCUCGUGUAUUGUCCAUCGGUUUCACUGGUCCCUAUUGGAUGAGAGGGAGACGCAAACAGGGCCGGUCCAACUCUUACGGAGGGUUCUGGGCUCUAGUCUUCCUGCUGGCGCCGGUCAUGUUUCAGUAACGGUUAUAGGGUAGUGCUGUUAUGUGAACAGUAGUGCGAUUGGUUCAGCCCUGCGCUGGGGCGGUACGGGGAUUCCUCUGCCUCAGGAAGCACAAAAGUGCUUGUCGGUGAGAUUAAGGGAAGAAUUUUGUGCAAAUGGCAAAAUUAGUGCUUUUUUUUUUAGCCUCAGAUUGUGCUGAAGGGUUCUUGUGUUUCUGUAAAUAUGCUGUGUGGUUCCUGCUGCACCCCAGGCCGUUCUCUGCCUCAUUAAAAAAUCCGUAAAUAAUGGGUAAUGGCUGAUGAGCCCAGAGCAUUCCCCUCUAGAUAUGUCAUUUAUACAUAUUAUUGGAAACUGCCAUAUCUCCAUGAACAGGAAUUAAUGGUGAGAAAUACUGUUCUGUAUUCUGUACCACAUGUAUGGUAUAUUGCAUAGAAAUCAUGUCUCUCCUUAUGUACUGUAGCAGUAGAUUAAUAGACCCUGCCCUGUAGAGCUUGCAAUCUAAACUUGGUGUGUGAGCAGCAGGGAGUCUACAAACCUUGCCCGAGGCCUCCGGGUGUCGCUGUCAGGGAUCCCUUUCAGGCCUCGCAAGCGGGUUUGGCUUUUACAGUUUUAAGACUGUAACCACCGCCCCCAUGAAACAAAGGUUGGCAGUUUGAGCCGCCCAGCGCAAUAACAAUGGCCUCGGGCACUAAACGUUCGACAUUACUUGUAAAUAAUAUUCUCCCAUUAAAGCUGCAGUAUUAUAUAGAUAUAUAGGCAGUAAAGGUUUAACAUUUCCUACCUGAGUGACGGGACAGGUAACCAGAUUCUCAAGGGACGAGUUCCCAAGGCCAAGAGUUGCAAUGAACUCUCUCUGCCAGCGUGUAGCUGCCCCCAGCCUGGGCACUGCCUGCUCCUGGGGCAAAUAGAGCUCAGCCGAGGUGAUGCACAGGUUAGAGGAGCCAUAGUGCAUAGCAAGGCAUUGGGAUUUUAUGCACCGCAACCAGCAACUUGCUAUCCUGAACGCUCAAGCCUGAGCCGGAUAAUUUUCUUUUUCCAAUGACAUAUAUCUGAAAAUCAUUGACAAAGAGAUGGGAGUAUAUUCUUUAAUUAAAGGGGUUGCUCACGUUGAAAUGAACUUUUAGUAUGAUGUAGACACUGAUAUUCUGAUGCAAUUAUUUGUUGGAGCUUUUAGUGUAGCAGCUCUCCAGCUUGGAAUUUCAGCAGUUAUCUGGUUGCUAGGGUCUUGUUUGCCUUAGCAACCAGGCAGUGGUGUGAAUGAAAGACUGAAAUAUAUAAAUAGGAGAGACUAAAAAAGAGAGUUUUGUGGCUAGUGGGGUCCGUGACCCCCAUGUGAAAGCUGGAAAGAUGCAGACAAGGCAAAUCACAAACUAUUAAAAAAAAAAAAAAAUGAAGACCAAUUGCAAAGUUGCAAGGCAUAGGGCAUUCUAUAACAUUACUAAAAGUUAUCUUAAAGGUGAGCCACCUAAUAGUGCCACGAUAGUGCAUUUCAGGCAGUUUAGACUUAUUAGAUAAACUGUUGGCUAUUAGCAGUCGGUUAGGCAGAUAUGGCGAGGGGGAGGAAGCUCGGAGAGUUGGUGGUACUUCCGUUGGACUUGCUGCUAGUUCUAUGGGAAUGCCAUGGCUAGUGGUGCGCGUAUUACAUACGGACAUGGGAAUGCCAUGGCUAGUGGUGCGCGUAUUACAUACGGACGUGGGAAUGCCAUGGCUAGUGGUGCGCGUAUUACAUACGGACGUGGGAAUGCCAUGGCUAGCAGUGCGUGUAUUACAUACGGACGUGGGAAUGCCAUGGCUAGUGGUGCGCGUAUUACAUACGGACGUGGGAAUGCCAUGGCUAGUGGUGCGCGUAUUACAUACGGACAUGGGAAUGCCAUGGCUAGCGGUGCGCGUAUUACAUACGGACAUGGGAAUGUCAUGGCUAGCGGUGCACGUAUUACAUACGGACAUGGGAAUGCCGUGGCUAGUGGUGCGCGUAUUACAUACGGACGUGGGAAUGCCAUGGCUAGCGGUGUGGGUAUUACAUACGGACAUGGGAAUGUCAUGGCUAGCAGUGCGUGUAUUACAUACGGACAUGGGAAUGUCGUGGCUAGCGGUGUGGGUAUUACAUACGGACAUGGGAAUGCCAUGGCUAGUGGUGCGUGUAUUACAUACGGGCGUGGGAAUGUCAUGGCUAGCAGUGCGUGUAUUACAUACGGGCGUGGGAAUGUCAUGGCUAGCGGUGCGUGUAUUACAUACGGACAUGGGAAUAUCAUGGCUAGCGCUGCGUGUAUUACAUACGGUUAUGGGAAUGUCAUGGCUAGCGGUGCGUGUAUUACAUACGGACGUGUGAUUGGCCUGGGACGGGUUUAUGGGAGGGCCUUCUCAUGAAACAUUUAUCACUUGGAAGCUUUUCAGUGAUGCAGAGGUUUGUCCCCCAUGGGCUGCUGUAGGCCGUAUCAUUGUGGCCAAGCCACUGUCUCUGAUUAUUUAGUUGACCCAAGUGAGCUCCAUCUUGCUGCCCCCCUGGCCUGUGCGUUUCCUACCCACGCAGUGUAGCAGAUGCCUAUAUCACGGCACGUGUAACCAUUGUACUUUUUCGGGGUUUUUUUCUUUUUUUUUUGGCGACGCGGAGUGUGUCCCGUGUCUCUGUGCCGGGUCUAUUGACCCCCCCCCCCACUGUCUAUUAGAAUAUUAGAAAUAAAAUGUUGUGCCCAGGCUCAGAAUAGACUCAACAUCAGGAUCCCUUUGCAAUUAGAGGGACAGUUGUCCUUUAACCCCCCCCUCGUUAGUUUGUGUGUGAAGGCUUGAAAUGAAUGCAUGAGAAAUUGUGUAAAUAUAUAUAAUGUGUACAGGAGGCGGGCUGUAGGCUGUAUAUAAUGUAACUGUCACUCACAUUUCGCACUGUAAAUACCGAAACUGCUGGAAGACUUUCAUUUUGAUAACUGUUAAACAUGACACCUUUUUUAUUUUAUUUUAAAGGGAA